AUGUGGGUGCACACUUCAACCUAUCUGUCAAUGACCUUACCUCUUCCCCUCCCUUACAGCUGGGAGUGGAGCACAGCUGCAUCUCUGUUCUUGUUUCCUCCAGGUAAACUGGCCACCGCUGUCGAGGGAUUUUGUAUGGCUUCUGUGGAGGAGCAGAAACAGCAACAGAGUUACUUUGUGCGUCUGGGUUCCCUCUCUAACAAAGUCCGCCACCGAGCCUACCAGCACUCCCUGAACAAACUGCAGUGCAUUAAGCAAAGCACCCAGGAUACUCUCUCACGACUACAGCUGGCAUUAAAACUGAUUGAAUCUGUGAAACAGGAGGUUGGCCAGAAGCUCCUGGAUGGGCAGGAGAAGCUCCAUCAGCUGUGGGUGGACUGGAGCCUGACCCAACCCAAAGGAAACCAAGUUAAAACUGCCUCCCAGCCAGAGGUAGAGUCACGGACUCUAGCUAUGCUGCGUAUCAUCACCCAGCAGCUACAACCUGUUUAUGAGAAUCUGAAGGCCAGCAUCCAAGGCCUCCCCAGCAACAUCCAAGAAGCUGUGAAUCAGGCCACUCGAAAUAUCCACAAGCUCCAUAGUUCUUUUUCCAGUGCUGUAUCUUUCCAGGACCUCUCUAGCACCACCCUGACCCAGAGCCAGGACCGUGUGGCAGAGGCCCGGAGGUCCCUAGAUGACCUUUUUGAGUAUGUAACUCAGAACACCCCCCUAAACUGGCUUGUGGGUCCCUUCAGGGCAAUAGCUAAAGUGUCACAGGAUAGCAGAAAGCAGAAGAAAGAUACAGUGACAGAUAUAAAAUCAUCUGUGUUGGAAGAGGCUACAUCAUCAAAGGAGAUGGCUAAAACACCCAAAGAACCAAAGGGAGCAAACAGGACCCUGGGGGAAGGGUGUGAAGUGCUAGAGAAGCUGGAAGAGAGGGCAAAGAAAGACACAGACGUUGCAGAGGCUGCAAAGGAAAUAAAAACGAAUGCACCAGUGGAAGAAGUCUGAAAAAUUCCUGCUCUUCUGGUCAAGGCUCCCUGGCUAGAACAGCACUUUGUCUUUUAAUUAUGUGUCCAACUGCCAGUUGAACAGGAGUGGCACUGUUAGCACUCUUGCUGUCCCAGGCUGUUCACAGUAAGAUAUAGCUUGCAAGGAGGCUUGAUAGCCAGGGUGGGGUGAUUCUGUAGCUUGAUUUACUAUUUUUUUUAAAUCAUGUUGCUGCACUGAAAGGGAAGAUGGGGACCUGUACUUCAGCUUUUUAAGUCAGCCUAGCUGCAUGUGUGAAUAGCUAAUUCCUGCUGAGACAAGUUGUGGGAGAGAAGAAGUGGUCUCAACUUAUUUUUAAUGUUGAAUUUUCUUUUUCAAUUCAUCCAAGCUGCAGAGAUCUUGGGAGGAUGAUGCGCUUGACCUUUGAUACCAUUUCUCUCCUUUUACAAGUUUAAAAAUGUGUUACAGACAUGCCUUCCCUUCUGCCUGUUGUGUUUCCGCUGAGCUCAGCCCUGCAGCAGACCAGAAACAGCUGGGGGCAAGAGAUUCUUCUCCAAAAUAUUUUACGGAUUGGUCAAACACUUUUUCUUUCAUAGAGAAGCACUUAGCAAAGUGGGACUUUCUUUUAAGCAAGCCAGCUUGCAGUGGGAUUACUUUUUCUAGCUGUGUGAAUGACUUCAGGGAUCAUCUGUUUGUGUGUAAGUAACUCCAUGCGUGAAAUGCUUUGCAGCCACGUGAGAUGGCUUUUGCCAGGAGUUACUCUGCUGUGGCAAAGGGAUAUCCUAUUAUUAAAAUAGGGGUGACAGGUGCUGGCUGUUUUCCCAGCAAACAAUGCUUUGUAAUAAUUUCCAAUGUAACUUAUUGUGGUAACUUAAGUCCUAGCACGGUCCCUGGGCUAAGGCUGAAUAAUGGCAAGCAGACAUCAGAAUAAAGUGUGACCUGUGUUCAAAUACCAGUUUCUUGUGCGUUUCUAAGCCUGCAGUGUC